AUGCCAUAUUACGGUUAUAAAACACCUUAUGUACGUUCCCCUCAACGUUCACCGUGUCCUCCCGUGUGCAGAAAUUAUGCUAACGGAUAUUGCAGGAACGGUCAAAACUGCGAUUUUUCGCAUAUACGGGAUACUAAUAAUCAUAGUAUGCAGAACUAUAAUGGAGAAGGUUCUUCCUCAACAAAUAAGUCGAACCCUUCCCACAGAUCAGAUCCCAACUCUUCAAGAACACAGAGUUCAAACUCCAGUUCGAACAUCAGUUCAAACAUUAAUACAAAUUCUAGUUCAAAUACCAAUAGUUCUGACAUUAAUUCUACCGAUUUGGUUAUUACAACCCCCUCUUUUCUACAUUGCGAUCAUGUAUUUUGUCGUGAUUGCAUAAAGGAAUGGCGUAAAACGGAUAAUCUUUCUAGUCCAUUCCAAACUAUCGAUACCACCAAGACUUGUCCAGUAUGUCGAAAAAAUUCACCGUACAUUGUCCCUUCUCAAAAUUUCGCAAAAUCUGGUUCAAUAAAGGAUCAGAUUAUUUCAUCAUACAGAGAAAGACUUGCUCAAAUUCCUUGUAAAUAUUUCCAAGAUUCUAAAAAAUGUCCAUUCGCAGAUGAAUGUCACUAUAAACAUGCUAAUCCAGAUGGAUCCAGAUGUAUCUUGGGUCCACCUCGUAAGAAAAAACCAAGAUCAGUUCGUCAAAUAGGAAAUUUUCGUUAUUUAGAAGUUUCUGGAGAAAGUAGUGGAUUUGAUAUUUCAACAAUUUCCGAGAUUCUUGGAGGACUUACUAGGAAUCGUAGUUUCCGUCACAUUUUUGCUGGAAAUUGGGGUGACGAAUGGGAUGAUGAAAUGGAUUUCACCCAACCUGUUACAUGGGAUGAUGAUUUUCCUUUCGACGAUCAAUUUAAUGAUAUGACUUCAUUUUCACCAGAAAAUCAAAGUGGUAACUCAGAAAGUGAAGAUAUUCCAGAAGUUAUCAAUGGUGAUAAUUCUGGAUGGAGUACUUGGGAUGAUUGUAGUCCAGAAACUUUUGAUGACAAUAGUACAUCAUUUGCGGACAUAUUUCGUGAUGAAAAUUGGUGGCAAGGACUAAAUUCUUUGUAA